AGCUCGCGCUUAUGGAGUGACGAUGGCGGAGAGAGCCAAACGAUCCAAAGUAUGGUUACACUUCACCCGUGUGAACACGGACAAUGCUCGUUGCAACAAGAUUUUUGCUUGUAAAGUCGGAAACACAAGCAAUUUAUCAAAACAUCUAGUCAAAGUGCAUUAUGUGUAGAUAGAGAAAUGAGAAGUUUUCCACUGCCUAGCUUCUACUUCAGCAUCCGCCUCCUCAGGACAGUGUGUUCAAAGGAAUAAACUGCUCAGAGCAACGUAUAAAAAUGAACACAUCAAAUUCAACCGUAUCGGCCUGUCUGCCUUCCGAAGUACAGAUGGGGACUGGAUGCGCUGGAUUUCAGAACAGCAACCUUGAUCAGAAAGAAUGUUUGCGGAACGUCGUUGCGGAUCUCGAGCACUACAAAGAAUUGCUUCAGAAGUACGCAGACCCCACCCUGGACUCCACUGUGGUGCGGGCAAUCAGUGAUCUCACGGAGCAUUGCUUCUCAGCUUCACCUACAAACCCUUCAACUUUAAAGAAUUCCGAUUUCAGAGAUCACACCUUUGAUGAGAGAUUGCAGAUGUGCAAAAUACUGAAGGGUUUCCAAGUCCGUGCAAUUACCAUCAGUAGAAUCCUGAGCUACAUAUCAGCAGAUACCAGCAAGAAAUAAGUCUUCACCAUCCUAAUCACACGUACUACUAUCCAAUGUCUACACAUGGAUAAGCUAUUUGAUUAAGAAAAAAUAUCUUUACAAUGAACAUCAAUCUACAGCAUCAUCAUAACACAAGCCUUACUGUAUGAACCAUGUGUUCAGUUCAAUGCAGUCAAUGAAAAUGCCAAGAGUUGAUGUUGGAAAUGCCUCUACACACAUAUAUAUAACACGUAUAUAUUUAUAAUUCUUUUAUUUAUUUGUGCAUCUUUAUCAUUAUUUAUGAAUUUAUGCAUAUUGAGCAAUCAGUGGUAUUUUGGAAAGUAUAGCCUUGUUGUAGAAAUAUUUCUA